UUUACCCUCAAUCUAAUCUCUGCUUCCAAUCUGUCAUUUAUUAAACACAUUAACUGUGGCUUGUAUUUGAGAUAUGAAGGCAGUCCUGAGAUUUUAGAAGCUACUUUGUCGCAGUUUCGUCUUUUCCAUCACAACAAUCCACACUCAGCACUCAGCCAAUCUCUAAUGCCGGGUGAAUAUUUAACCCAGAGGGCUGUGAAGCAAAGAGUCACCAUCUCACCUGCCUGCUGACAGACUUUUUAUGGUCGGUGUGUACUGUGAACCUUGUCCGCUCACGGUGGCUCAGUCUGAACAGCUGAAGACACACUCAGGACUUCAUGUUGUCCUCCACAGGCUGCCAGGAUGGAGCCCAAUUUCAGCGCUUUACCUUCAACCCAAAGGAAGGGAUUGAUAAUCCAGCUCUUGUCAUUGCUGACGAUCCUGAGCCUGAUCAGAGCUUGGUGCCCCGGCUGUGCCAGCUGAAGCGUCUGGAGGGUCAGAUCUUCGGCUUUAACCUGCAGGCGGAUCCGAGCAGCCGGGGCUUUGAGGUCAAAGAUGUGCAGCCUUGGAGUCCUGCAGAGCACAGCGGCCUCAGGGAUGGGGACCGGUUACUGGAGGUGAAUGAGGAGUAUGUACACAACAUGGACUUCUGCAGAGUUGUGAGGAAAAUCCAGUCCUGUGGUUUACAUUUGUUUCUCCUGGUCCUGAGGAAAGAUGAAUACGAACAGGCAGUGUCCAUGGAUGUGGACCUGCAGCUGUUUGCCAAAGCCUCCAAAGGAGACUGCUGGUCCAGACCAAGACUAUAUCACAUCAAAAAGGACCCAGAGCACGGCCUAGGGAUGACCAUCCUCUCAGUAAAUGGUCAAAAGGGCCAGUACAUGGUGAGCACGGUGACUGAUGGUCCAGCAGAGAAAGCUGGUGUCUGCAGUGGAGACAUACUGAUCUGGAUCAAUGGCGUCUCAGUGUCAACGCUCACACACAGCACCCUCAACAGAAUUGUGAAGAAGAGUGAGGACUCGGUAACAGUGCUGGUUAUUGACAGCGACAGUGAGUCCUGCUAUGUCAGGAGGAAGAUGCCCAUCCUCCCUGUGGUGGCAAAAAGCUUCAACCUUCCCUUCACUCCAAAAAACAUCCAUCUGGUAAAAAGAGACGACGGAUACGGAUUCCUGCUGAGACAGGAGAGGAUUAAGGCCCUACAAAAGAUAGUUCAUGUGCUGAGGGAUGUGGAUGAGGGGAGUGCAGCGGAAGAAGCAGGGAUGGAGGACGGAGACUUGCUGCUAGCUGUUAAUGGAGAACCUGUAGAGUCCGUGGAGCACGAAGAUAUUGUCAAAAAGAUUAGGAAGAGUGGUGAUCAAGUUAUUCUCACCUCUAUAUCUAUGCAAGGAAGAGACUAUUACACAGAGUUAGCCAUUUCUCCUCUGCUGUUCCACCAUGAAUGUUGUUUCCAUGACACGAAGAGGCAGAGGAAAGCUUCUCAGAGAAUAAAUACAAAUUAUGAUCUGGAUAGAGAGGAGAUGGACUCCAAUCUGCACUCACUCUGUGUCCUUGAUCACUCAGGAACUGCAGUCACACAGCUGUCCGAGACAACCGCCGGUGUUAUGUUAUAAUGGAAAAGAAGUGACCAGACCCAGGAGGUGCCGCUCAGGGACUUUGAGUUUGGAGAAAUUAAUGAUUUCACAGGACAUGUGGAGACUGAAGUUAAUGUUUUCCUUGUGCUUAUUUAAUUAUUCCUACAAUUAUUACUGUGUAACUCUCCUCUGUGUCAAGAACAGUCCUCCACAUCUUUAAAGAGAUCACAUCAGUGGUUUUUUUAACUUCAUAUUCACUAAGAGUACAUACUGAUCCUCAUUUAGUGUCUAGACAUAUGGUUGUAAACAAUAAUGAAUGAAUGUGUGAAUAAAUGUGUUAUAUGCAUGUUAAAAGCUGAAGAUGUAAAGUUUGAAGUGUAAUUUAUUGUUUUGUCAUCCAGAAAAUUUGAAUAAGAAAAAAUGGCAUUAUGCAAAACUUCUUUAAUUUUGCUGCCACCCGUUCAAAGUUACCGUCAUUACAUCAGGUCAGACGAUGCAAAUUCUUUUAGUUUCUCACACUCUGAUCUAAGAAUUACUUAUGAUCAUUACUGUUUCUUUCUUUCAUAACUUAAAUAUAAAAUAUAAGUAAACUGGAAUGUAGGAAGUAAAGUAGUACUGUAGAAUAAUAAUUAGAAGGGUCAGUCAAAGCCCUCGUGUAAUCUUUAGGAAGACUGAUCGAACUCUAGAGGUGCAGGAAACAGCCAAACCUGCACAAAUAUGGCCUUCAUACAAAAAUAAUCAAAAGUGAGCCUUAUUAACCGCUAUUAUUGUCACUAAAUUCAGUCUCAGAGUUUCUCUUGCUGAUUUUGACUAAAAGUAUAUUUGGUAAAAAAGUGCCGCAGAAUUUUUGCUUUGGCCUUGAGUUGCAGCCAGUGACAUGGGCAUUGGUUCUAUCAUCUUAAUAGCUGAGCAAAGUAUGCAUGCAAAUAAAUAACAACAAGCAAACUUCAGAUGGGGUCUGUAAAAUAAAGUAAAAUACUGUAGCUCAGACAGCAGGAAGAUCCCAGUACACUUCAGAUCCCACAUGGACUUCUUGAUAAUAAUGGAUAGCCCUCAAAUGAACAUUGCAUGCAAGUACAACCCAAGAAUCUUGUGUGUGAACAAGGGGCAACGUGCAUGAGUAAAGACUAAAAUUCUUUUAGUAAGCUACAGAAAGAAUAAUAAACUGGGACAUUUACCAGAAACUGAACGUGCAGGGUGGGCCAGUUUUGCUUUGGAUUUUUCACCUUUUUCCCCAAGCAGUAAAUGUCAGGAAUUUUUUUUACUUAAAAUACAGAAAAUAAUAAAUAGCAAAAAAUCUCAAGUUUAAGUUUAAUCCUUUUAGGCAUUUGCUGUGAUGGAAAUUUUGACCAUGACACAUAUUUUUGUAUGCACAGGAUGUAUUGUAUAUGACGUAGAAGAAUAAUAUAUUAAAAAGAUCAAUUA